UGUUCUGCCCCUGGCAGAGGGCAUCGAGGGGGUGUGGACACCAUGUCUGAAGGAGCUUACCAACGCCUCUGGGAGGACUCCCAUGCGACUCUGGAAGAGGUGCUGGAGAAAGAACCCUCUCUACUGGAACCCGUGCCCAGCCGGGAGCGGCAGAGCUUCCAGUACAGACUCUCGGUGCACUACCUGUACUACCUGGGGCUGCUGCGCCGCUUCGACACGGCCUACGACCAGAUGGUGCAGCCACAGAAGCGCCGGCUGCUGCGUCGCCUGCUGGACGGGGUGGCGGGCCGUGUGCUGGAGCUCAAGGAUGAGCUGGUGCGCGUUGACCUGUGCGAGACCCACUGCCUGGACCGAGUGCUGCAGGAUCUCAAACUGACCCCAGCAGACCUGGAGGUCCCCAUCCCUAAAUACUUUCAGCUGGAGCAGUCCAGCGCUAUGAAGGCACGACAGCAGAUGCUGGCCGACAUCCUGGCCAGGCUGGAGCCACUGAUGUCUCAGGAGAAUUUCCGAGGAAUGAGCCGGACUGAGGCCCUAAUUAUAGUGCAAAGUGCUGAGCGGGCCAGGCAGGGCCGACUACGAGCCACCUUCAUGCGAGAGAUUCGGAAAGAGGAGGAACGGGACAGGAAGAUUCGGGAGAAUGGGCGACAGAAAAUCAGUCAGGAUCAGGGAGCCAUUGUCAUACAGAAGGUGUGGAAAGGUUACCUGCAGAGGAAGCGCAUUGAACAGGAUCGGCGCUUGGAGAUGGAGUUCAUUGGCAUGCUCCCCUCGCCCAACCAGACAGAACACCUGAGCAUCCUUAACCAGGCCUUCCUGGGGGAGGAGUCACGGAGGAUCCGGCAGGUAGAAAAGGAAGAGGAAUUCCAAGAUGCCAUAGGGAAGACCCACAGUUCUCUCACAGAGACCGAGGGACCUGACAUGAAAGAGAAGAUGAAGGAUCAAAUUCGACAGUGGUUUAUUGAAUGCCAUGCCCUUACUGGCCGGUUCCCUGAUUAUCCAGAUGAGGCUUCUGGUGGAUCUUACCUGAUCUUUGCAGACAAGACUCCAGAGCAGGUGAGAAUAGAACUGGAAAUGCAGGCCCAGGAGAAUAAAAAGAAGGAACAAGAGAAGAAUAAGGAGAAAGAGAAGGAAAAAAAGGAGAAGAAAAAGAAAAUCAAGGAUGAAAAGGCCAGGAAGGAACCAGAUGUGACAUUCAAAGUGUUGCCAUCCAAAUCCAUCCCCAUAAUCAACGCUGGCCACGACGAAUACACAAGUUUCUGGAAGAGCCGCGUUGACAACAAACACCCCAGCCAGAACUUUGACUCCGAGACCCUCCGGGAAGAGAAGAGGAAGGAAGUGGAGCUGGAGAUCCGGGCACAGGUGGACGAGCUGAUGCGGCAGGAGCUGAAGAGUUUGCGCCUGGCGGUGGACAAGGAGGAGGGCAGGUCCCUGAAGGCUCCAAAGAAAAAAGCUGGGAAGAAGAGUGGGAAGAAGAGGAAGGAGAAAGACCUGACCCCAGACAGGUCUGUGGACUCACUAUUUGAAGAGCUGGUUGUCAUUGGCCUUAUAAAGAAGAGCAUGCUAGUGACACUGAAUGACUACAUUGGUGACUGCCUGUAUCUUGGAUCCACACUGACUUUGGCAAACAAGAUGCCCAUGCCUUCCCUGUUUGAUAUACGACAGAAUGUGGCCUUGUACGGGGUUCUUCGGUUGGGCUCCCACGACAUACAUUCCAUGGCCCCCCAUGUCCGAUCCAUCCUCCUGGUGGGACCCUCCGGCAUGGGGAAGAAGAUGUUGGUCCACGCGGUGUGCACAGAAACGGGUGCCAACCUGUUUGACCUGUCACCUGGGAAUGUGAUGGGCAAAUACCCUGGAAAAAAUGGGGCACAGAUGCUGGUGCACAUUGUCUUCAAGGUGGCCCGGGUCUUCCAGCCCUCUGUCAUCUGGAUUGGAAAUACUGAGAAAACCUUCUAUAAGAAGGUUCCAAAGGAAGAAAGGAAGCUGGACCCAAAGAGAAUAAAGAAAGACCUCAUGAAGGCCACUAAACAGCUGAGCCCUGGUGACCGUGUGAUGCUGAUCGGCACCACCGACCGCCCACAGCUGGCUGAGUUGAAGGGGCUGUGCCGGUUCUACGAACGCAUCCUCUUCAUACCUCGGCCAGAUUAUGCUUCUCGUUAUGUGCUCUGGAAGCGCAUGGUAGAGAAGCGGGGGACAGAGCUGAUCCAGAGUCUGGACAUCAGUGCCCUGUCUAGGGUGUCUGACGGCUACACACCCGGUCACAUUCUGCAAGCCAUCCAAUCAGUGCUGACGGAGCGGCGGCUCCUUCAACUGUCCAAGAGGCCAUUGGUGGCCUCUGAGUUUGUGGGGCACCUGGCAAAGCUGGACCCAGUGUACCGGGAGGAAGAGGAGUCCCUAAAGGAAUGGUAUUUCAAGACUCCACUGGGAAAAAAGAAUAUGAAAUUUAGCAAGGACCAACAGGAGGCGGAGGAUGCCAGACUGGCAAAGGAGAAGAGGAAGAGGAAGUGAUGGCCGUUGUCUGUGGGGCGUGCUGGGGUGAAUGGGUAGUGCCUCCGGGGUCGAGAGGCAGGGCAGACACAUAAAGGCUCUCUUCUCUGGCUCACCUUCAUGUCCUCCUGCCCUUGGGCCCUGCCCCUUGCCUCACCUCUCUGCCGGCUGGUCUAGCCUCUGGUCUGGCUGCCGGAGCCCUCCUACCACACCUGUGACUUUAUCUUAUUGUUCUCCUGUGCUGGCUCUCCACUUCACAUUC